UCAGCCCUGAGACAUUGAGAGAGAGAGAGAGAGACCUCCCCAGACCGUUACCUCGAUGCUGUGUGAAGGUGGAGUCAUUUGGGGGUAGAGAGAGAGAAAGAGAGAGGGGAGAGAGAUGAGGAGAGAGCGAGAGGAGCAGAAGAACACAGAUGGAUUAUCUGACAUGCGCCCGGAUUGACCAGCGUUCCUCUUUAAGUCUUGAAUUCUGUAUUUCCUCCUCAGAGUGAAAACUGAAAAAGCUUUCCUGCACAUGUGGACCGUAGCAGCUAUCGCACAGGUACAUUGUGUGGUACACCUUUUUUUUAUUCCAUUGGAAUAAGGAAUUUUACACACGGCAAACUUUGAACCUGGAUAUCAGUGAACUUUUUUUUCUCCCUUUUUUCUUUUUUCUUAAAUUGAGCAAGUGCCUGGAAAUACAGGGGUCACACUGGAGCAGCAGCCAAGAAUAAUAGUCACAAUUAUACAAACAAUUGAGAACAAAUUAGAAAACGGAAGGGAAGUGGAAAAACAGGUUUGUUACUGGAAUACACACAAAUAGUAAUUGUUGUGUUGUUUUUGAGGUAAUCUUUCGGACUGAUUUAUUUUCCAAAACAGACUUUUUGAUUGUGAGCCCAAAACACUGGAGAACUGAGUGGAAUAUCAGCUUGAAGCGCAGUGACUUGUUGAACAGUCAUUACACCAUCAGAAAUAAUUCAGAGGGAAAUCUAAGGAUUUCAUCCAGGUGUUGAAUCAUUUGGACUCUGCAGGGGGACCAUCUCGCCCAGUCUGGUCUGUGGAGGGCUCCCCUCCCUGCCCUCCCAGCCUCUCCUCGCCCCCAGCAGCAUGUCCCAGGCUCUGAGGCUGCCUCUAGUCCUCCACACAGCACACUACCAUGAUCAGAUGGGCUGCUGGAGGGAGUAAGGCUGCCUCUGCCUCGUCCUGCUCCAGGGCUGGGUUAGGGGCUCGUUCUGGUCUUGGGAUCAGCUCCAGACUUAAGUCCUCAUCAACACUGCUUCCCUCCCUGUCUCUGCCCCUCCUGGUUGCCCUGGUGGUUUUUUCCUUCUCCCUACCCGGGGCGGCCUGCCAUCAGCUCCGCAGAGACAGGCUGAGGCUCACCAACCCACAAACUCUCAGAGUUCCACUGAACAUUUCUGAGACUGAGGUCGCCUCAAGGCCCAGGGCCACUGGGGGCCCCCUGGGUCGGACUGGGGGGCCGCAGGGUAGGCAUGUGCGCAGCUACAAUCAUCUCCAAGGGGACAUACGGAGGAGGAAGCUGUUCUCUUACCAGAAGUUUUUCCUGAGGAUCGAUAGGAACGGAAAGGUCAAUGGAACCAAGAGCAAAGAUGACCCCCUCAGUAUUCUGGAAAUCACAUCGGUGGACGUGGGAGUGGUGGCCAUCAAAGGGCUGAACAGCAACUACUAUCUGGCUAUCAGCAGGAAGGGAGAGCUGUACGGAGCGAGAGAGUUUGGUGUCGACUGCACCCUGAAGGAGCGCAUAGAGGAGAAUGGCUACAACACGUAUGCAUCAGCUGAGUGGAGGAACAAGAAGCGGCAGAUGUUUGUGGGUCUGAAUGUCCAUGGGAAGCCGCUGAGAGGGAAGAAAACCCGCAGGAAGAACACGGCCACCCACUUCCUUCCAAUGACGGUGUAAAGUGGAGGACUCAACUGGAGAAGGAGGAUUUGCAGCACUGGACUGAGAGGUUUUAAAUAUUGAAAAAAAAAGCUGUAAAAUAAAGACAUUCACUGAGAAAUCUCUCAUUUGAAAACAAGGCACUAACACUGUUACACAAAAAUAUGUGGUCUCUGCUCCUGACUUUGACUGAGAUCAUCUACUUUAUUUGGUGGGAUAAGAUAAUAUCUGUGUUUUCUGUGGCACGGGAUGCAAUAUUUAUCCUUUUUUUCUGUGCCAAACAGUUUGCAACUGGAGAAUGUGUGUAAUGUGGACAACACAGAAGAUACUGUCCCAGCUAAUGUAUAUGCAGAAGACAUUAUUUAUAACCCAUAUUCUCCUGUGAGACACCAGCUAAUCCACAACAUAAAGGGGAGACAUAGAAAUUGGAUGAGAUGAGGGAAAUGAUCAGUCAGUUUAUCACGACAGCAUUAAAUAAUAGAGGAUACAACACAUUAAAGCAAAUGUUUGAUACUUAACCACUGUGUUUUGACUGUAUUGUAAUGAUUUAUUUAUUUUGUGAAAUAUUUAACUGGAGGGGAACACUUACAAGACAAGCAUUCCUUUGCAUUCUUUACUUUUUAUA